AUGUGGAGCAAAACAAAGACCUACGGCAAAAAAGGCUUCGACAAAGGCUGGGAUGCCCUCGAUAAACUCGGUGCCCCCGUCAACCGCCUCAGUAACAAACUUGGCUCCGAGGCCUUCUGGCCCAUGACCCUCGACAAGGAAAGCGAGAAAGUCGCCCGCAUCCUCCGCAGCUUCUGCAAAGACGGUGUCUAUGUCGAGGACUUGCCGCCAGUGGCGCUUCCGCCUGGGAACGGAGCAGAGAGCCAGAUCGAUAGACCCCGCGGGAAGCAGAAGGUGCUGAAGAAGAUCCCAAAGGAGGUCAUCCGCGACGCAAAGGGGUUGGUUAUCUUUACGGCGAUGCGGACGGGGUUGUGGGUUAGUGGUGCUUCUGGGAGCGGAGUGCUUAUUGCACGCAUGCCUGAGACGGGGGAGUGGAGUGCCCCGUCUGGGAUCCUGAUGCAUACUGCGGGCGUUGGGUUCCUGGUUGGUGCGGAUAUCUACGACUGUGUUAUGGUGAUCAACACCUACGAAGCACUGGAGGCCUUCUACAACGUGCGUGUGACCCUAGGCAGCGAAGUCACCGUCGCCGCUGGACCGAUUGGAAUCGGAGGUGUGCUGGAGUCAGAGGUGCAUAAGCGUCGGGCUCCGAUUUGGACCUACGUCAAGAGCCGGGGAUUCUAUGCCGGUAUGCAAGUCGACGGAAGCAUCAUUAUCGAGCGCAACGACGAGAACGAGCGAUUCUAUGGCCGAAAGGUGCCUGUCAAGGAUAUCAUGUCGGGGCGAGUUCGGACAAACGAUCCGGGCGCGAGAAUGUUGACGCACACGGUGCACUCGGCACAGGGAGACGCACAUUUCGAUCGAGUGCCUACUGGAGUGCAGGCGCCGACGGGGCCGACUCCUAGUGACUUUGCCCCUGGUCAUCUUCCUGAGUACUCCGCCCAACCGGCUAUGAUGUCUGGGGUCAAUGCGGCCCCGCAUGGACCGUAUGCAGCCCCAAAUAAUGCGCCUUAUGCGGAUGCCCAUUGGGCAUCCAAUGUGAUGAAUUACGGUCCUGGGCCAGAAAAACACGAUUGA